ACGUGACUUCACUACACGGUGGAGAUCCCUUGUUUCAGAUGUAAGCCACAAAUACACUUUUAUAAUACCAGGCCAACAUGUCCGAGAGGCAUCGGGCGCUGCCGUCAUGGAUGGCGAAGAAGGAAGAGAAAGUGAAAGAGAAGGAGCCGCUGAAGAGGAGGAGCAAACGGAAAGCUGCGCGGGCCGCUUUCUACUGUAUGAACGAGAAGGAGCUGGUGGACGCAGCUGUUUCAUAUCAUACUAACGAGGACGUGGCUCUCCCAACCGGCCUGCAGGUGGCGCUGUUUCUCUGUUUUAUACAUUUGCAAGUUGAAGACCAGGCAGCAGCCAGCACUGUGAACCUGAGGGGCAACUCUGCCACUUCAAAGGAGAGAGCGAAGCUGUUGACCUUAGAGGAGGAGCCCUCGGACUGCGAGGAUGCCCUGGAGAUGACAUAUGUUUCAGAAACAGACACGGACAUCACGGAAGUGCAAACAGUGCCGUACACUCACAGCCCGCUGCAUCAGGGACCUGAGGGUCAGAGGUCAGGACCAGAGCAGGAUCGCGGUGGUCUUGUGAGUAUUGGACUGGAGGCCGAGGAAAAAGAGGAGCACUCACAGUUGCCAGCAGAGGAAGAUGAUUCCUUACGUCUUGUGAGAGACUUUUUUUUCACAUGAUGAUGAACUUCAGCAUACAGCAUCUGAAACCCCAUUGUCUACACAUUACACUUCAUACAGUCUGGGGUUCAGCGUUAAUGGAGCUGCUACAUCCUUUACACCCCUCUGAGUGGUCUGAUGUACCUGUCCUUGGGGGCACUGAACGGACAUCCAUUAAAAUAAAUACCCUUAACACAGAUAACCUGGGAUUUAGUGAAUGAAUACAUUUUACUGGAAGCUUUAACUAGAAAGCCAGAACAUGUUUGAUGUUGAGAAAAGUAAUCAAGUGGAACCUUUAAUAUUGGAUGUGAAGCUGAAAGCAACUGGUAAUGUUGCAUCAUUGUCACAGUGUACCUGAGGAAAAAACAAAAAGGUUAUUUUAAUUUGUAGUUUCAGAAAUGAAACUACAGAUUAAAGGUUAACAUUGGUAUUGAACUGACAGAUUAUAUAUGUACUCUUCAAUGGGAAUUUAUGUUCACCAGAUAUUGUUGUUUUCUUUCACUUUAAUACAUGUUGAAUUAGUAGUGGCUGCGGUCACCGAAACUGUAUAUCUAAGAAUAAACUCGAUCAUUAUUGGCAAGCUACAUAUUUGGCAAACCCAGCUGGUGAUCCAAAUGUUACCCGAAGAGGAGGAGGAGGAGGAGAAGAAGAAGAAGAAGAAGAAGAAAGCAAUGUGUAUUCUGGCAGUAAGGCCCUGUCUACUUGUCCCACCCUGGUCGACAAUAAAGAUGUAUUAAAUUG